CAUGAGUUGAACAGCAGAGAGUACCUUUUUGUGAUACUGAAGUGGACAUACUCAAUCCUCACCCUUCGAAUCCCUCGAGAAGUUCUUAAGAUAAAACGACCUAAAAGAUUCGAGCUCGAGUUUCAAGUAGUACCUACUUGAUUCAUCACAAACAAUUCUCGACACUCUACCCCGCACCCCACACCCCACACCCCGCACCAUCUCCCACCAUGGCUGGCAUCUUUCCAGCUUCAAAGCCGGACUGGGAUAACAUUGAAAUAAUUCACCGUGGUACUCUUCCUCCUCGAUCAUCAUUCUUCGUAUACGACAGCUACGCACACGCAAUCUCCCAAGAUACGAACUUUUCAUGUUCUGUGAAACUCAGUGGUACAUGGAAGUUCCACCAUUGCUACAAUCCGUUUGAUGCUCCUCCUGGGAUCGAACAGCCCUCUUUCGAUAUUUCUCAGUUGGCUGAUAUCCAAGUCCCUGGGCUCUGGCAAUUGCAAGGCUGGGCUAAUCCUCACUACUCCAACGUCAACUACAUCAUCCCCGUGGACCCCCCAAAUGUUCCUUAUCAAGGCAACCAAACUGGUAGCUAUGUCCGGAAGUUCACUGUACCGGAAGGGUUUGCAGGUGACCAGCUGCGUCUUCGAUUUGAGGGAGUAGACUCAGCGUUCCAUGUCUAUGUCAACGGCCAUGCCAUCGGAUACUCACAAGGAGCGCGCAAUCCCUCCGAGUUUGAUAUUACAUCUGCUGUCGUCCCCGGAGGCGAGAAUACGCUUGCGGUGAUUGUUUAUCAAUACUGCGACGGCAGCUACUUGGAAGACCAAGACCAAUGGCGACUUAGUGGUAUCUUUAGAGAUGUCUUCCUCCUGGCGUUCCCAAAACCACACAUCAGAGACUUCCAUGUCCAGACUCUCCUGGACGCCGACUACAAGGAUGCAGAUCUCAAUGUCACUGUUGAUGUUGAUGGUGACGGACCUAUCAACUUGACAUUAAUUGACCAUGAUGGCCAGACGGUUGUCACUCUGUCAAAGCAAGCCAGUGAUGGUGCCAGCGUGAAGUUCGAAGCCGCAAUCAUCGAACCUCGUAAAUGGAGUGCAGAAGACCCCCAGCUCUACAAACUCAUCUUAGAAUUUGGUGGUCGCUUUCUUGCCAAAAAUGUCGGCUUCCGCAAGGUCGAAAUGAAGGAAGGAAUUUAUACCAUCAACGGCAAGCGAAUCGUCUUCCGCGGCGUCAAUCGUCACGAGCACCAUCCGGUCCAUGGCCGCUCCGUUCCAUACGAGUUCAUGAAGAACGACUUGCUCACCAUGAAGAGGUGCAACAUCAAUUCCAUCCGUACAUGCCAUCAACCCUCCGACCCACGAUUAUACGACUUGGCCGACGAACUUGGAUUUUGGAUUAUCGAUGAAGCUGACGUCGAGUGCCAUGGCUUUGCAACCAUUGACAGAGCUGCAUUAACUGAAGAGGAAAAGAAGAAAUCAUUUCACGAGAGGAUCGAGCUUGUUUAUGGUACCUCCGCUCGCUGGACAUCGGAUAAUCCUGAAUGGAAAGCGCAGUACGUUGAUCGUGCAGUACAACUCUGCGCGCGAGACAAGAACUCCCCCUCAGUCGUCAUGUGGUCAUUAGGCAAUGAAGCGUUUUACGGCUGUAAUUUUCAGUCUAUGUACGAUGAAAUCAAGGCCAUUGAUGAAAGUCGACCAAUCCACUACGAAGGAGAUCGAGAAACAAAGUCAGCAGAUAUAUGGUCACAAAUGUACGUUCAUCCAGAUGACUUGGUCGAGGAGAUAAAAAACCCAAAGCACAACAAAUCACUUAUUCUCUGUGAGUUUGCACAUGCUAUGGGUAACGGGCCUGGCAACCUCAAGGAAUAUAUGGACGCAUUCUAUGCCCACCCACGUCUCCAGGGUGGGCACGUUUGGGAGUGGUCAAAUCAGGGACUUCAAACAAAAGAUCCUUCGACCGGAGAGAAUUUCUACGCAUAUGGAGGGGACUUUGGCGAUGUGCCAAACAAUCCUACCUUUAUUCUAGAUGGGCUAGUCUCCUCCGACCACACCGCGACUCCAGGAUUACUCGAGUACAGGAAGGCAAUCGAACCUGUACAAGUAAAGAGCUACGAGGGACAGAAGGUAACCAUCAUCAAUCGAUAUGACUUAAUUUCUUUGAACCAUCUUAAGUGCACUGCUUUUAUCGUGGGCGAUGGAUUCAAAAAGUCUCUUGGCGAGAUUGCUAUCCCGAUGGAUAUUCCUCCCCAUACAGAAGAAAGUCUGCUCCUCCCGAAUCUCGAAAUCCCUGAAUUUGAUGGUGAAAGCUACCUUCAACUCGACUUUUGCCUGAAGAGCGCGACUAUCUGGGCCGAUUGCGGUCACCUGGUAGCAUCGUCGCAGCUGCUACUCCGAAGCUUUCCCGUCCUUGCAACACCAACACCCGUAACAGCGGCCCCUACCCUCGUCACCACGCAUAGUACGCUAAACAUCUCUACCACAACAUCAGACUGGACCUUUUCGGUCACUGCCGGCAAGCUCAUUUCAUGGAAGAAAGCGAAUAUCGAGCUAAUUCAGGACGGCCUCGGGCCCGAACUCGGAAUCAGCCGCGCCAUGACUGACAACGACGUCAAGAUUGAUGGCGUAGACUGGAACGAUAAGUUCGUCUUUCUCAGUCAGCCGCAUACUCGUUCUGUAUCCUGGGAAACCAAUGAUCAAACUUCCUCUAUCGAAGUUGUUGUUCAUGCACGCCUCGCUCCGCCGGUUCUAUCAUGGUCCUUCUCGACGACUACAACGUACACCUUUCGUGGCGAUGGCACACUGCAUAUAAACUGUGCGGGUAAACCAGAUGAUGGACUAAAUCUCCCAUUAACGAUGCCGCGCCUGGGCUUUACACUAGGAUUGGUACCGAUGCUGGAUGCCGUUCAAUGGUUUGGUCGUGGCCCAGGGGAGAGCUACAAAGAUAAAAAGAUGUCGCAGCUAUUUGGAAAUUGGUCCGCAAGUGUAGAUGAGCUGUUCUUUGACUAUGAUCAUCCCCAAGAGACCUCGAAUCGGACUGACGUACGCUGGGUGAAGCUUGGAUCGAACGAUGGAAAGGUAUCACUGACAGCAAAGUUUGGGGCACAAGACGGAUUUAGCUUCAUGGCAAGCCAUUAUACCUCGAAGGACCUAGAAGAGGCAGCGCACCCCUUUGACUUGCGGCGAACGAAAAAAGACUAUGUCGUGCUAAGGCUCGAUGAAGACCACAAUGGAUUAGGCACGGGCGCAUGCGGGCCAAAGACGCUGGCACAAUACGCAUUGAAGCCAAGAGAAUUUGCAUUUGAUAUCGAUUUAGAGUAGAGAUUUAGAUAUAAUAAAG